UUCUUUCGGCGAACCGUAAAUAUUCAGUUUGUUCUCGACGUAGGAAAAACGUGAUGGAAUGUAACUAUAAUAAGACCAAGUUGAAAGAGAGAGAGAGAGAGAGAGUCCGAAUUAUAUAAAAAUUGACCGAUUUACAUAGCCUCGUCUAGACUAUAGAUGAAGAGAAAAGAAGUUUAUGAUUAAAAUUAGCCGUCAGAGAGAAAAAUUGAUUUAAUUUCGAAUUUGAACUUCGAUUCUAAUAAAGAUUCGGUAGCAAAAGAACAGACUCAUAACGCUGAGAACGAUGGAGGUGAUGUCGCAGGAUCUUAUGGAGCAGUACUAUGAGAUCCAAGAAAUCGAAGAAAUCCCGAGAAGGAACGAGUCUUCGUUUGCGGAAAAUUCAAACAGAGAUGCCGUUGAGAACGCAGCAUAUUUUGCUCGUCGAGAUUUGCCGUCGAGUUCAACAUUGGCCGGCCGGAUCCGAGAAGUACUCGACGACGAGACAGAAGUGAUUCUGUUGCUGCAGGAGGAGGGAUCGGCGAGAUGUCGCCGUGAAUAUACGACGAAUCAGCAGAUCAUCGAGCUGAGCGACAACGACUGUAAGUUGGCCCUUCGACGGCAGCUCCAAAUGGCGGACGGCGUUAAACGCGAAGACGCGAUCAUGUCGCACGACGACGAGAACGCGGAGAUGCUGCGGAAGCUGCCGCCGGAUACGAUCGUGAUGAGGCAAGAGCAAGCGAGGCCGAAUAAAGCUGAGAACAACAGCGAUUAUAAAGAGCUCACAACAACGGAAACCAACAGUAGCAGCAGUGGUGGCGGCAGAAGUGGUAGCUCAACUUCUGGCUGCACAGCCGCCAAAGUGAAGAGGAUUCCACGCGCUGUGAGGCAUAAAACUCAUGAAACGGUGGAGGUAAGACGGAAUCCUAUGCGGUCUAAGAAGGAUGUCAACAAGGAUUUGCUGCGGCCCAGACAGCGACUUCUGACGAACAGGCGAGAGGUCUGUGAGACUUAUGAGGCCGGCAAACGCACGAGAUCGUCUGCGGUGCCGUAUAUGAAUACUAGGUCGGUCACCCGAAAGAUGUACGCAGUGGGUGCGACUUAUCAGGCACCCACUAAGCGAGAUGAGACCGAAUGGAAGGAAUGGCCUGCGCAUGGAAUGCACGAAAGGCCAGUCUAUCAUCCUCAGGCCGGUCUAGCGGUGGAGUACCUAGGAAGAUACUUCGUCAGCUUUGACGGACUAUCUUACUGCGAGAUUAUGAAUGAGUCUGAUGUAGAUGUCGAGGUGGUCGCCGUCGAUCCGCGCUAUGACCGGCGACCUUCUUCAGCAGAGAAGAAACCGAUGGGAAAGGUAAAGGUGCAAAGCAAGCGUUCAUCGAACACUAGGAACACAUGGAACACUGCUCUGUCGGCAAAAAUGAACGAGUCUUUUGGUACAUGCAUGCAUGGGAGCUUCCACUGUGUGCUCGGUUACUGUUCGCAAGUCAUGACGCCAUUUUAUAGACAAAUGACGGGAGAGAGACCGAUAAUGAAAUUGGCAACGCCUGUAGCAACCAAGACGAACAUUUCAGAGUCAAUGGAGAGCACCACGACUUUUAAAGACAAAACCUUGAACAUCAUGAAGAACUCAGACAACUUUGCCGAGGAAACAAAGUUGCUGGAAGAUUAUGCCAUCGCUAUGGCGCAGAAUACUCAAAGCAAGAACAGCACAAAUAGUCGCGAUAGAAUUGGUGUUGCGACCGUCACGUCGUCUUCAGCGGUAUAUGUGUCAUCAGACUCGCAGAAGUCGAUCAUGGAGAUUGAUGGCUCGAAGACCGUUCCAUCGAGUAGAACAAACUUGCUGCGAAGCUUCCCGAACAGUUCUCUGGUCUUGCUGACAAGCUCAGGCACGAAGAAUAGUGGCGAGGUCUGUAAGACGAAGGACAUGAAAGACACAUACAACUCUGCAAAGUUAGAGGAUUCCUCCAGCGAGGAGACGUUAUCGUCGAUCUACAAGAAGCUGAUAUCUGUGGACAAGACAGUCGCCAAUCGCGAGGUGCCUCCAGCGAAAGGUAGCUUCUACACCUUGAAGCGACAACAUUCAACGAGCGGUACACGGGAAUAUAAUCCUAAAAAAAUUGUCUUCGACGCACAGCUGGAGAACAUAAGGAGCCUCCCGCUUGCAAAGGAGAACAAUGAAAACGGAAACAACAACAGCACAAAGAUCAAACAGCCGGACAGCGGAGUGUUUGCUGGUCCCAAUGUGAAGAACCGCUCAUGGUGCACCAGCGAAACCUCGGAGAUCGCUAGGAUCUUGUCAGAAUAUAACAGAGGUGCGAUAAGGAAGUCCGCGAUACAUAUCUACGGCAACGCAUCGAAGAAUGACAAGACGAGCCUUGCAACUUCCGGUACGAAGUAUUCGACGAAAGUGAAUUGUUUCUGGCAGCAGGAUACAAUGAUGGAGGAAAAUUGUGAUGUCUCUGAAAGCAGAAACAUGGGUCUUGAUCUCUCGCAAGGGAAAUGGAAGAAAUUGGCAACGCUGGAAAAUACAAGUGACCAGAUGCAGCACAUCGUCGACAAUGAUCGAAACACAUUCAACAGAUUUGAAGGUUACUCGACGCCGGUAAAAAGCUACCCCGGUGUUUCGCCAAGAGAUCGACAUACGAAUUUGGAUGUUGCAAACUAUGCGAGAAAGGAACCUGCCGUAGCUCAUAAAGAUCUCGGUAAACAGCCACGAGAGACGCUCGCAAUCGAUGUGAAGCCGAAAAAAGUGAUCUCAAAAUGUUCCAAGGAAGAGACGGAGGUCCUGAAGACAGAAGACUCCUUGCGGGAGCUGCUGGAGAAUACCGCGGUGUUAUAUUGCGCCGCCAACGGAGUUCACCAGGACGAUUUAUCUAGCUACAUCGAUACCCUCGAUAGCAAACAAAGUAUUCAGUGGCUGGAGACUUAUAAUAACUCAAUUACGUAGAAAGUCGACGGUAGAAUGCC